AACCGCCCUUUACAGCCACAGAAUCGGAAGCAAAACCAUCUUCGUUAUCCACUCUCCCCUCCUCUCGUUGUCCCAAGCAAUGCUUUCACGUGGCAUCGUCUCCCCAUUCCGAACCCCCACCUUCCCUUUCCCAACGACAACAUGCAAAUACUCCAUCUCCGACCAGGACCUCGAGUCGCGAGGCUUCUUCCUCCGCCGCACCAUCUCCGACCUCAACCUCGACCACCUCAACUCCGUCUUCGUAGCCGUAGGAUUCCCCAGGCGUGACCCGGAAAAGAUCAAGCUGGCACUGGAACACACGGAAUCCAUGCUUUGGGUUGAGUACAAGAAGACCCAGAAACCCGUUGCCUUUGCUCGAGCAACGGGUGACGGGGUUUUCAAUGCUAUAAUAUGGGACGUGGUGGUGGACCCUUCGUUCCAGGGAAUCGGGCUUGGGAAAGCUGUCAUGGAACGGUUGGUAGAGGAAUUGUUGGAGAAGGGUAUUUGUAACAUUGCAUUGUAUUCGGAGCCGAGGGUGUUGGGGUUCUAUAGGCCUCUCGGGUUUGUGGCUGAUCCUGACGGGAUCCGGGGCAUGGUCUACUCUAGAAAGCAGAGAAAGAAGAAAUGAAUACAGGUAUAAUAUAGCAGAUGUAUACCAAAGUAUAUCAAAGGAAAACUGCCUUCAUCUCAACCACAGUUCAAUUCGUUGCAAUGAAAGCUUUUAUUGUUGAGUA